AUGGACGCAGCUACAGCAGUAAUUCAGAUCAGGACAAUGCAGUUAGCACUUUUGGGUUUAGCGAUUACAUUUUCUGUAACAUCUGUAUUGUGGCCCAGUGAAACACCAGUUAAAGAUGGAGAUAGUUUUGACUUUAUCGUAAUAGGUGUAGGUACAGCAGGCAGCGUGCUGGUGAAUCGGCUGACUGAGAAUGGAAAGUACACAGUACUUGGUAUAGAGGCUGGUGUAGAUCCACCACUAGAGUCUGUUCUACCAGCAUUAUUUCAGUUUCUACCAUUCUCGAAAUAUGACUGGAAUUAUACAUCUGAAGACAACGGUUAUUUUGCACAAACUCAUGUAAACAAGAACUUGGAAUUGACAAGUGGAAAGAUGCUUGGUGGGUCUAGUUCUCUUAACCAUGAAGUAUAUUGCAGAGGAUACCCAAAUGACUUUGAUGUUUGGGCUGAUAUAGCAAAAGAUCAGACAUGGACUUAUGAUAAUUGUUUACCAUAUUUCAAGAAAAGUGAAAAGUUAGAAGAUUCCGCCAUUUUAAAUUCCCCUUAUAAAGAUCGCCAUGGACUCAACGGUACUGUUGGAACUUCCAGAGAACCAUACAAUGUUACAAAUAAAUAUUUAGACGCUUUCAAAGAAGUUGGGUACGAUAUUCUUUUAGAUACAACUGAAAGUCUCGGUUACUCGGAAAUUUUAUACACAAUUUCAAAUGGAAUUAGACAAAGUACAGCCUUUUCAUAUUUGUUUCCUAUCAGAAGUGGACGGACGAAUUUAUCUUUGUUAAAACAAUCUUUAGUAACUAAAAUCCUAUUUGAUGAUGAAAGGAAUGCUGUUGGUGUUAAUGUUGCCAUUGAAGAUAAACUGAUAACAUUAAGAGCUAGAAAAGAGAUUAUUGUUGCUGCUGGCGUAUUUAAUAGUCCAAAAUUGCUGAUGCUAUCAGGGAUUGGUCCCAAAGAAGAUUUAGAGAAAUUUAAUAUAAACGUUAUAUCAGAUUUACCUGUGGGGUCGAACUUACAAGAUCACGCAGCUGUUCCUAUAAUUUAUAGAACGGGAACGCAUGUUGAAUCAUCUACUUCUAUACCACCUAAUCCUUUUAAGUUUCCUCUUCCAGGUAUAGUUGGUAACAUAGCCCUUAACAAAUCCCAAAGUUACCCAGAUUACCAAUCCUUUGGCUUCAUUUUUCAAGAUCCUAAUAGUCUUAUACAGAUUUGUUCCUUUGUGUUUACCUAUAAUAACGAUAUUUGCAAUACUUUAUAUAAAGCAGCCGAAAGCAGAGAAAUUCUGUUCAACUUACCCAAUAUUCUCCAUCCUAAAUCUCGUGGAACAGUAAAGUUACGUACUACCAAUCCAUAUGACUCUCCAGUAAUAGAUAUAGGAUUUUUCUCUGAUAAGGAAGAUUUAGAAAACAUGUUGUUAUACAUAGAAGAUUUAUUGCAGAUAGAGAAUACCACUUUAUUUAAAGAAGUAAGAGCAGAGUUAGUAGAUCUCAAUUUGGAAGUUUGCUCUCAAUAUGAAUUUAGAAGUAGAGAUUAUUGGAGAUGUUAUAUACCCAAUAUGGUGGUAUCUCUCUUCCAUUACACCAGUACAUGUGCAUUGGGAUCUGUUUUGGAUGCUGAAUUGAAUGUGCUUGGUGUUAAUAGAUUGAGAGUUGUCGAUGCUAGUUCCAUGCCGAUUAUAACUAGAGGUAAUCCGGUUGCUCCGGUUACAAUGCUAGCAGAGAAAGCAGCUAGCAUAUUGACGCAGAAAUAUUGUUGA